CCCCCUCAAAGCAGAGCUGGAGAGUCGGGUGGGGGGGAGAAGAAGAUUGCCGCUGGGAACCAGGGUUAACACCUGGGCAAAAGACUCGCUCCAUCUUUUUCUGAGCAAAAGGAAAGGAAGAGAGAGGUCGCUGAUGCCCCCCCCCCCCCACUCCUCUCCCUGCACCCCCAAAAGCUGCUGCAGAAAAACCAGGCACCUGUUUUGCUGCUUCUUUCCCGAGCCUCUUUGCUCCUCUGGCCUUUUUUGAAAUGACUGGACUUUGGAAUUUCAGUGCUUCUGCUCCACUCAAUUCCUCCUUCCUGCCUGAAACUGAUCUGGAAAAACUCAAAUUUCCUCCUUUCUGCUUGAAACUGACCGGGUCUGGAAAACUGGCUGCUGCCUGAAACUGACCUGGAAAAAACUCAAUUCCUCCUUUCUGCUUGAAACUGACCGGGUCUGGAAAACUGGCUGCUGCCUGAAACUGAGCUGGAAAAAACUCAAUUCCUCCUUUCUGCUUGAAACUGACCGGAUCGGGAAAACUGGCUGCUUCCUUGCCCAGGGUAUCUUGGCCCUUCCUGCCCAAUUUUCUGCUUACUGCUUCCUCGCUUCGCACAAUAGUAGCAUCGCCCAAGGCUGGAUGGAGUUGCCGUUUGGACACUAAGAAACGGGGGAGCUACUCCUGAACCGUCCUGGGGCGCCCCAAAGAGGUGAGAAGAAGGCUGCCGGCCGCCCAUGCCUGGCCCACAGGAGGUCGCAUCAUGGCAAGGCCUGGUCCCGGGGCGCUGCUCUUUGCCAAUGGGUUGGGCUUCCCCCCCAGCAACGUGGCCCGAGUCGUGGUAUGGGAAUGGCUGAACGAGCACAGCCGAUGGAGGCCCUACACGGCGGCUGUCUGUCACCACAUCGAGAACAUCCUCAAGGAAGAUGCGCGGGGCAGCGUGGUCCUCGGACAGGUAGAUGCCCAGCUGUCUCCAUACAUUAUAGAUUUACAGUCCAUGCACCAGUUCCGGCAAGAUACAGGGACCAUGCGCCCCGUCCGGAGAAAUUUUUACGACCCUUCUUCCGCUCCCGGCAAAGGGGUGGUGUGGGAAUGGGAGAACGACAACAACUCCUGGACGCCUUACGAUAUGGACAUCUGCAUCACCAUCCAGAACGCCUACGAGAAGCAGCAUCCGUGGCUGGACCUCUCGUCCUUGGGCUUCUGCUACCUGAUUUACUUCAACAGCAUGUCGCAGGUGAACCGCCAGACGCAGAGGAAGAGGCGUCUCCGGAGACGCAUGGACUUGGCUUACCCGCUCAUCAUGGGCUCCAUCCCGAAGUCUCAAUCCUGGCCGGUGGGGACCAAUUCUGGCCAUCCUUGUUCGUGUCAGCAGUGCCUGCUGGUCAACAGCACCCGGGCGGCAUCGAAUGCCAUCUUAGCCUCCCAACGCCGGAAAGUCUACUCGGGCAAUAGCAACGGGACCUUGGCUGUCCGUCAGAGCAAUACUUUCAACGGGACGGCGUUGUGGUCUUUGGGCGCCGUGCCAGCAGGAGGGAUGAUGUCCAAGAUGGAGCAGUCUCGUUCGGCCAACGGGAUGCAAGCUACCGCCACUUUCUCCCGAAGCCAGAGCGCACCCAACAAUACAACCCAAGUGCCCGGUCAAAAUAACUUGAACCGGCCGGGGACACAGCGUGCGGCCAUCUUAAGUAGCAGAGCCUCCAUCCCGCCAGGGGUUCCUGCUCUCCCGGUGAAGAAUCUGAAUGGAACUGGUCCAGUCCACCCUGCCUUGGCAGGAAUGACCGGUAUCUUGAUGUGUGCAGCAGGUUUGCCCGUCUGUCUGACGCGAGCUCCAAAGCCCAUCUUGCACCCCCCGCCUGUCAACAAGAGCGACAUGAAGGCAGUGCCGGGCAUUACCGGCAUUUGCCGUAAAACCAAGAAGAAACAUUUGAAGAAGAGCAGAAACCCUGAGGAUGUGGUGCGACGUUACAUCCAGAAAGUGAAAAACCCUCCUGAUGAGGACUGUACCAUCUGCAUGGAGAGAUUGGUUUCCUCCUCGGGUUACGAGGGUAUCCUCAGGCACAAGGGUGCCAAGCCGGAACUGGUAGGAAAACUGGGGAAAUGCGGGCACAUGUACCACCUCCUUUGUCUCGUUGCCAUGUACAACAACGGCAAUAAGGAUGGCAGUCUCCAGUGCCCCACUUGCAAGGCCAUCUAUGGGGAGAAGACGGGAACUCAACCUCCUGGAAAGAUGGAAUUCCACAUUAUCCCCCACUCUCUUCCCGGCUAUCCAGAUUGCAAAACUAUCCGCAUUGUGUACAACAUUCCUGCGGGGAUCCAGGGCAUAGAGCAUCCAAAUCCUGGGAAAAAGUUCACCGCGCGAGGAUUCCCACGUCAUUGUUACCUUCCAGACAAUGAGAAAGGCAGAAAGAUUUUGAAACUCCUCAUUGUGGCCUGGGAACGCCGGCUCAUCUUCACCAUCGGGACCUCGAACACGACGGGUGAAUCGGACACUGUGGUGUGGAACGAGAUCCACCACAAAACCGAAUUUGGCUCCAACCUCACUGGCCACGGCUAUCCUGACCUGAACUAUCUGGACAAUGUCCUGGCUGAACUGACGGCCCAGGGGGUCUUGGAAGCCAACCUGAAGGACUGAGAAGAUGUUUGUUUGUUUGUUUUUGGCCUCCCUCCACCCGAUGUUCCUCCUGCAUCCAUUUCGCCAUGUGCAGCGCAAGCCACUGCCUGCCUCUCCUCUCCUCCAUCUGUCUGUCCGUGUCUUGUGUUCGCUGACUGGUGAGGCAAGCCGUGUUUGGGACGGUUCCUUCCACCUUCCCAAGUCACUUUGACUAGCUCGACUUCAAAGCAUGGAGGAUACGGGGUGCUUUCCUCUACCAUCCCUGUCAGGAUUCGCAACAUGAUCCCGGGGUUCCCUCCCUGGAGAAACAAAUCAGAAGCUUUGUGAGUGAGCAACAACCCAUACAAGCUUCCUGCUCUUCUCUUCUUCUUUUUUUCUACAUAGGUGUAUAAUUCUUGGCCAUUCCCAUGGGUUCAAAGCUCAGUUCCCCAAUCAAACCCUCCACCUCCAACUACUCAAAAUCUCGCAGCCAGGUUGUCCUGCCUCCUUUUGUCUCUGUUCCUCGCUUUUUUUCCCCCUCGGGUUGCCUUUGUGGCUCUGCCCAGAGAAGUUGAGUACCUAAGGAAGGGCAGACAUUGUGGCUUCACAAGUGGGGUAGAGCCGUUGUCGACCGGCUUUGUCGUGUCUGCCUUCCGUGCAAAUUAAAAGGGCCCCGUCUCCCCACCCAGACUCUUCACUGAUCAAAUGCAAAGUUUGCCCUUUAGUGCGGUGGUCCCCCAACCCCGAUCUGUGGACCAGCACCGGUCUGCAGCAUGCCAGAAACCAGACGGUGCAAACAAGCGAUGCUCCAUCCGCAGGAUGCUGGCGGCAUGCUAAACCACACCGGUUUGUGGAAAAAAACCCUCUCCAUGGAACCGGUCCCUGGUGUCUCAAAGGUUGGGGGGGUCGCGAUUGCAAAAUGGGGGAGGUUUUUCUAAGUGGUGAAGAUUGGAAAGCCCACAAGACCGUCUCCUUUCCCAUAAUCCACAUCGAUUCCCUUCUGUUAGCUGUUUAUUUAACAAACCCAAAAAUAUAUGUUGCAGGAUAAGCCAGAUAGAUGAGGGGUCUCCAACCUUGGCAACUUUA